GGGGAGAAAUCCACAGUCCCAUCGACACCGCCAAGCAAGUUUCAAGGAACACACAAACACACCCUCAUCUCCUCAGCUGCCUUCCUUCUUCUUGCCUUCCCUUCUGGGAUCACAAACAGUCAUCCACCAUCUAUCUACAAACCCCGGCUUAUCUCACCAGUUCUGAUUUCUUGAUACCAAACCCAGAUUAUCCGUUCACCACCACACCAAAAGCCUGUCGAUUGGCUCACCAUCGAACAUGAUCAGAGCAUCCUUGCCAUUGAAGAGGUUCCACUCCGCCCGGCAACUGCCGACAUCAACUUCAUUCCAAUCAGUCCCUGCUCAGCUUUCUUUCCGAGGCUUCUCACAUCUACAGCAAAGGACUCUCUCAAUAUCAUCUACCCGUUAUCAGGAUCCAAAAGUUGUCCAGCCCACCCUGAGCACUCCCAGUGAAAUCGCCAGGAAAAUCAGCGCAUCAGUCUUACCCAAGAUCGACAAGCCCGAUGUCAAAAAAGUUUUGGUCGUCGGAAGUGGUGGCUUGAGUAUCGGCCAGGCAGGAGAAUUCGAUUAUUCUGGUUCACAAGCCAUCAAAGCCUUGAGGGAAUCAAAUAUCGAAACUAUCCUCAUCAAUCCUAAUAUCGCAACCAUCCAAACCUCUCACCAUCUAGCUUCAGAGGUCUACUUCUUGCCGGUCACCGCUGACUACGUGGCAUGGGUUUUAGAGAAGGAACGACCUGACGGAAUCCUGCUCACAUUCGGUGGUCAGAGCGCUCUAAACGUGGGCAUUCAACUGGAUAAAAUGGGUAUUUUGGAGCGAUUGGGUGUCCAGGUUUUGGGUACACCGAUCCAGACCUUGAUUGUCAGUGAAGAUCGUGACUUGUUUGUAAAGGCUCUCAAUGAAAUCGAUAUCCCUGCAGCCCACUCAACAGCUGUAUCAACAAUCUCGGAUGCUUUGGACGCCGCAAAAGAAAUUGGAUACCCGGUCAUCUUGCGAUCUGCCUUUUCUCUCGGGGGGCUAGGUUCUGGCUUUGCUCAGAAUGAGGACGAAUUACGUGACCUGAGCGCCAAGAGUCUUUCGUUAAGUCCUCAAGUUCUGAUCGAAAAAAGUCUCAAGGGGUGGAAAGAAGUGGAGUAUGAGGUAGUGAGAGACGCCGCAGACAACGUCAUCAUCUGCUGUAACAUGGAAAAUUUCGAUCCGCUGGGAACCCAUACCGGUGACUCAAUCGUGGUUGCGCCGUCGCAGACUCUUUCUGAUGACGAUUAUCACAUGUUGAGGUCUGCUGCAAUCAAGAUCGUCAGACAUGUCGGUGUUGUUGGAGAAUGUAACGUACAGUACGCGCUGAACCCACACAAACGAGAAUACAUGGUGAUCGAAAUGAAUGCCCGUCUAUCUCGAUCAAGUGCCCUCGCAUCCAAAGCAACUGGAUACCCAUUGGCUUACACCGCCGCGAAGAUUGCACUCGGACACACUCUUCCCGAACUACCAAACGCUGUGACGAAGACUACCACGGCUUGUUUCGAGCCGUCUUUGGAUUAUGUUGUGACGAAGAUACCCAAGUGGGACCUGAAGAAGUUCCAAUACGUAAAUCGUGAGGUUGGAUCAGCCAUGAAAUCCGUCGGUGAAGUUAUGGCGAUUGGGCGGACGUUUGAAGAAAGUAUCCAGAAAGCCAUCCGUCAAGUCGAUCCAAACUACCAGGGCUUUGAAGCAUACAUCAAGCCAAAAGACCUCGAUCAUGCCCUCUCAGUUCCUACAGACACUCGAUUAUUCGCGAUCGCUUACGCGAUGCUUGUUGAAAACUAUUCCGUCUCGAAAAUCUAUGAACUUACUAAGAUUACAAAAUGGUUCCUAUACAAGUUGGAUAACAUCGUUCAGUGCCACCGAAAACUCAAAAGCCUCAAAUCUCUCGAUCUGGUCGAUGAAGAAUUGAUCCGUUCGUCUAAGAAGUUAGGGUUCUCCGAUCGACAAAUCGCCGAUCUUGUUGGCAGUACAGAAGACCAAGUGCGGACCAAACGACAAUCUCUGGGUGUAAAACCUUUCGUCAAGCGGAUCGAUACCUUGGCUGCUGAGUACCCGGCACACACCAACUACCUUUACACUACGUACCAUGCCACAGAGCACGACUUGGAGUUUGAUGAACACGGCACGAUGGUUUUGGGUAGUGGUGUCUAUCGAAUCGGAUCCUCCGUAGAAUUUGACUGGUGUGCGGUCACAUGUGUCCGCAAAGUGCGUGAGAUGGGCAAACGGACAGUGAUGAUCAACUACAACCCUGAAACUGUGUCGACGGAUUUCGACGAGGCUGACCGACUGUACUUUGAAGAACUGGGCUACGAGCGAGUGAUGGAUAUAUAUGAGCUCGAGUCUGCCCAGGGUGUCAUUGUCAGCGUCGGAGGCCAGCUUCCCCAAAACAUCGCCCUCCGACUCAAACAGAACGGCGUCAAGGUCUUAGGUACCGAUCCGGACAUGAUCGAUAACGCUGAAGAUCGCCACAAGUUCUCGUCUACCCUGGAUGCAGUUGGAGUUGAUCAGCCUGAUUGGGUUGAGGUCACCAGCCUCGACUCUGCUGUUAAAUUCGCAGAAGACGUAGGAUACCCUGUCUUGAUCCGACCCUCCUAUGUUUUGUCUGGCGCUGCCAUGAAUGUCGUUUGGGAUCGGACCACACUGGAACACUCACUGACAGCUGCGGCAGAGGUAUCAUCUGAGCAUCCUGUGGUCGUCACCAAGUUUAUCGACGGCGCUCAGGAAAUUGAUGUCGAUGCUGUUGCUCACAACGGCGAGUUGAUUGUCCAUGCCAUCUCUGAACACGUCGAAAACGCCGGUGUCCACUCCGGAGAUGCUACACUCGUGUUACCGCCCUUUACCCUAUCCGACAAGGAAAUGGCACGAUUGAAGGAAAUAUCCCAGAAGGUUGCCAAGGCCCUAAAAAUAUCCGGUCCCUUCAACAUGCAAAUCAUCAGACAAGAAUCGGAACAGCCCGAUGGUGAAAGCCGUCUGAAAGUCAUCGAAUGUAACUUGCGAGCUUCGAGGUCUUUCCCAUUCGUCAGCAAGGUAUUGGGUGCCAACUUCAUCGACAUUGCGACGGCUGCCAUCUUGGGAGAACAAGUACCGAAGCCGAUGGAUUUGAUGGCGGAGAAGCGAGACUACUGUGCCAUCAAGGUGCCACAGUUCUCUUGGACUCGUCUAGCAGGGGCGGAUCCAUUCUUGGGUGUUGAAAUGGCCUCGACCGGUGAAGUUGCAUCGUUUGGACGGGAUGUUCACGAGGCGUAUUGGGCCUCACUCCUCUCGACCAACGGCUUCAAACUGCCCAAGCAGAACUCUGGGAUCUUGAUUGGUGGUGAUACCACUCAACCCGAGCUGAAGUAUUGUGCAGAGACAUUGUCGAAACUCGGAUUCAAGCUUUAUUGCUCAUCGCCCGAGGUCGAAUCGUUUUUCGAAUCGCUCAAGGCUCAAGAUCCUAUUGGAACAUCCAUCAUUCCCGUCAAAAGAAUCGAAUUCCCUAAGCGGGAUAAGAGAAAAUUACGUGAAGUGUUUGAAGAAUACGAGAUCCAAUGUGUCAUCAACCUUGCCAAACAAAGGGGCCGAGAUGUCCUAGACGAAGAUUACGUUGCUCGUCGAAACUCAGUGGAUUUUGGACUUCCGUUGAUCAACAACAACAAAUGCGCUCGGUUGUUUGUCGAAGCCCUUGCAAAGAAGAUGCCGAAAGGCGGAUUGCAACCCUACACCGAAGGCAAGAUCCCCUCGGAAGUCCGCAGUUGGAGUGAAUUUGUCGGACUUUCCAAAGACAAUCGACCGGUCUAAAUGGUCAGCACAACCCGGCAAGAGUGACCUGAUCCGACUCCUGAACCCCGCUCCCGCCGACCAUGCACGGCCGUCCCCAACCCACUUGAAACCCCCCCCCCCACAC